CCAGCCUUUCCGCUUCCCGUAGUGAUGUUCCCAGGCGGGUGGGCGGGCGCUAGUACGUCAUCUGGUUGCUGAGCGUUAGGGAGAGGUUUGACCGACAGCUUAAAGGGAAAUUCCUGCAGCAAAGGCCAGGAACUGAAAUAGUGGGAAAUGGAGGACUUCAACUUACACUACAGGUUCUUAAAUUGGAGGCGACGAAUAAGAGAAAUAAGAGAAGUACGAGCAGUACGGCAUCAAGAGAGGUACAAACGCAUUCUUGUCGAUGGAGACAUACUGAGUUAUCAUGGAAAUGCUGAUGAAGUUGGCUGUUACGUGGCACCUCGUCCUUUGACCAAGGAGAAUCAUUAUUUUGAGGUAUGUAUAGUGGAUACUGGUGUAAGAGGGACCAUUGCAGUAGGAUUAGUCCCUCAGUAUUACAAGCUGGAUCAUCAACCAGGAUGGCUUCCACAUUCUAUUGCCUACCAUGCAGAUGAUGGCAAGUUGUUUAAUGGAAAUGAGGUGGGUCAGCAGUUUGGACCUAAGUGUUUUACGGGUGAUCGAAUUGGUUGUGGAGUCCACCCAGAAUCCUUUGAUAGAGGAAUGGCAACUGUGUUUUUCACAAGAAAUGGCAAAGAGGUGGGAAAAAUACACUUCAUCAAAGUUGAAGCAUUUAUUCAACCCAGACGUAUCAGGAUAUUGUUCCUCUGUCCUCUGUUACAACCGAUCCCUGGGCGAGAGUCCAUGACUUAUGAUUGCAGAUGGGACACCCCUAAAUGAUUAUGCUCUUGGCUCCCCUUUCCUCACUUGACA